AUGGAGAACGAGAAUCCGAUGAUGGGGUCUAACAUGGCUUAUAUCAAUAGUUUAUGCCCCCUGAAUGCGAGUAUUCCAAUCAGGUCGAACAUAGUCACCGCUCUUUCUGAGUCCGACAUUUCUGUUAUACCGAGGAUCGCUUUGAAGAUAGCACAUUUUGAGGGUACAGCUGUUCUUCGACUGUUCGCAAAUUCAGCUCAGCCGGAGAUUGGCUGCUAUUCUGCUGCGAGUACCAACGGCAUUACCCUCGGACAGCCCCUUGCAGUAAGCAGUAUCGUGGAGCUCUUCGUUGUUCUAGCUAUCCUCUUGUCAACCUCACUGGCGAUAUAUGGAACAGAUCCAGCCUCUACGCGGGCACAUUAUGCUCAUUCACCAUCUGCCUUUGUGGCAUUUUCCAUCCUCCAUCAUAUAUACUUUACUGGUGCCCUGGCUAUGAAUUGCCCGAGCGUUCUGGUCACCUUCUGGUUGAAUUUUGCUUGGUUUUCCGGUAUGCUUUACAAUGACAAGAUGCAAGCUUGAUUGAUCAAUUAUUGGACCUGAAAGAGCAGAUACAAAAUGGUCCGCAGCGCAGUUAGCUGGAGUUGUCGAAACUAGGGGUGUUUAUUUCAAUAUCUCCAAGAUAUAUAGCCAAAACGCGUCCCUAAAAGUGAAUGAUCUGAGCAAACUCCAGACACGUUUCGAAUUCCUGUUGGCAAAGCGAGAAAGUCCGCACACAACCACAGGUCCUACAUGGCACGGAACGGCUCUAAGCCUGGGCUUCCUUAACCUGGAGACAACAGUGGAUUGCAGGAACUCUAGCCUCUGGAAAAAUUCCGGCAUCAAAUGCUUGCCUAAGAGGCUUUUCUGGUUUCUUAUUCUGGUGAUGACAGUGGCAAGUGUGAUAACUUCAUGAAUGCCAUUUUUGCGGGAUAUUAUAAACUGAAUCCUACCAAGGGUGAAUGAUGUGCUUAUUCCUGAAAUAAUUGGACUAUCUUUCUCGCAUCAGACGUCCUACGGGCAAAGUUUGUCAGGUUUUUCAUGAUCACGUCACUUGCUCUAUUCCAGCUUUCCCGAGGUGGACAGGCUACAGUCAUUGGGAUAUGCUCCAUUGUUUUCCUCAUGUUCUUCUUCAGAAUAUGCUUAAUGAUGGGGGCUACGUCCUAUUUUAUCACAUCAAGGACAGGCAGAUCCACGUUUACUCCAGAUCAGCUACUCGUCAUACGUACCAG